ACUCAUCAACUCGCAAGAUUCCCAGUGAAGCGACGAGAGGAAGAAGGAUCGCCAAACUGAAACAACGAAACGAAAGGAACGAUGGCAGCUGAUGAACCAGCUAUGUCUGCUUCCAUGGCGAUGGUGAAGAUGGCUCCCACAUUGAUUCUGGGCUUGCUCGGGCUCGUCCUGAUCCAUGCGUACAAAGUGUUCAUAUGGGGACCGAAGAGGCGCCGAUCAAAGCUUUGGAGGCAAGGAAUAGAGGGACCUCCUCCUUCUCAUCUUCUUCUCGGAAACAUCCCAGACGUCAAGAAGGUCCGAGCUGACGAAGCCCAGAGAGCUCGAGAGUCCCGCAAAAAUGGCGGCCUCGUGAAGAUGGCUUCGACGUUGAUUCUGGGCUUGCUCGGGCUCGUCCUGAUUCAUGCGUACAGAGUGUUCAUAUGGGGACCGAGGAGGCUCAGAUCAAAGCUUCGGAGGCAAGGAAUAGAGGGACCUCCUCCUUCUCAUCUUCUUCUCGGAAACAUCCCAGACGUCAAGAAGAUCCGAGCUGACGAAGCCCAGAGAGCUCGAGAGUCCCGCAAAAAUGGCGGCCUCUCCCACGCCUGGCCUUCGCUUCUGUUCCCACACUUGCAAAAGUGGCGAACCCAAUACGGACCCAUCUUCAUGUAUUCAGCUGGGCACAUACAGUUCUUGUCGAUAAGUGAUGUGGAGAUGGUGAACGAACUGAGCACGUGCACAUCGCUGAGCCUCGGAAAGCCUUCAUAUUUCUCGAAAGACAGGGGAGCUUUGCUUGGACAGGGCAUUCUCUCGUCAAGCGGCUCUACUUGGGCCUACCAGAGGAAGAUAAUUGCCCCUGAGCUGUAUCUCGAUAAAGUUAAGGGCAUGGUCAGCCUCAUGGUCGACUCCGCAAACUCGCUAAUAGGCUUCUGGGAGAGCCGAAUUGAAAGCGGUGGAGGCACGGCAGAAAUAAGAAUCGAUGACGACUUAAGAAGCUUGUCCGCCGACAUUAUCUCCAGAGCUUGCUUCGGAAGCAGUUACUCCCGAGGGAAGGAGAUCUUCCUGAAGCUCAGAGAACUUCAACAGGUCAUGUCACAUGGAAGCAUUGGAGUAGCUGGAAUGAGAUACCUUCCAACCAAAAUCAAUAGACAAAUUUGGAAGUUGGACAAACAGAUUCGGUCGAUGAUUCUAGAGGUCGUGAAAGCACGAACGCAGGCCUCAUAUGAGAAGGACCUCUUACAGAUGAUACUCCAGGGUGCCAACAAUGAGGGCCUACCAUCAAAUAUCUCCGCCGAACAAUUCAUAGUGGAUAAUUGCAAGAACAUAUACUUUGCUGGCCACGAGACCACUGCUCUCACGGUAUCUUGGUGCCUGAUGCUGUUGGCUGCUCAUCCUCAGUGGCAAGCAAGAGUCCGUGCCGAAGUGCUCGAGAUUUUUGGCCGUGGAGUUCUGGAUUCUGAUAAGCUCCGAGGCAUGAAAACACUAACCAUGGUAAUUCACGAGACUUUGCGGCUCUAUCCGCCAGCAGUGUUCAGCAUGAAAGAAGCCUUAGAGGACAUCAAGUUUAAGGGACUUCUGAUUCCACAAGGCUCGAACAUCCAAAUUCCAAUCCACAUUCUGCACCAGCUUCCCGAAAUAUGGGGGACGGAUGCUGCGGAGUUUAAGCCGGAGAGAUUUGCACGAGGAAUCUCUGGAGCCUGUAAAUCUGUUCAUGCAUACAUGCCCUUUGGUUCGGGACCUCGGAUCUGUGCAGGACAACACUUUGCCCAGGCCGAAUUGAAGGUGAUCUUGUCGCUCAUUCUCGCCAAGUUGUCGUUUUCGCUUUCACCUAGUUAUGACCAUUCUCCAGCAUUUAGGCUGGUUGUCGAACCUGGAGAUGGGGUCAUCCUCGAUGUGAGGAAAGUUUGAGAGAUCUCAAAGCUUGGUUUUUUGCGUCGAAAACAGAAUGCUAUUCACUUGCAAACAUA